AUGGCAGACCAAGUAGACGAACACGCAAACCUUUCCAAUACCCAAAAAAUUGUUUCUUCCCUCAUUGCUGGCGCUUGUGCAGGUGCCCUAGCGAAAACAACCAUUGCACCAUUUGAUCGAGCGAAAAUUAAUUUCCAAGUUAGAGUAGAUAAAUUUAGUUAUCGUCGUUGUUUUAAAUUUCUAAAAGAAUCAUAUCGAAAUGAAGGUUUUAUGAGUUGGUAUCGUGGAAAUUCAGCCAAUUUAGUUCGUGUCAUUCCUUCAGCAGCUAUUAAUUUUACAGCACAUGAACAAUGGAAACGUAUCCUUGGCACUGAUAAACACGAAAAAACUCCUGGUCGACGAUUUAUUUCUGGUUCUUUAGCAGGUGUUACAUCAGCAACGAUUACUUAUCCACUUGAUUUAGCACGUGCGCGUAUGGCAGUGACGAAUAAAACUGUGUAUAGUAAUUUAUUCUCCGUCUUUCUAAGCAUCCUAAAAAAUGAAGGUGUUACAGCUUUAUAUCGAGGUGCACUUUUAUCGUUAGUCGGUGUAUUACCAUAUUCUGGUUGUGUUUUUUUUACUUAUGAAUCGCUCAAACAUAUUCGUAUUGAUUAUCAUUCCCAUCGUCCCAUUAAUAAAGCUGAACGAAUGUUAUUCGGUGCUACUGCUGGUCUUGUUGGUCAAACAGUUUCAUAUCCAUUUGAUGUUAUACGACGUAGAUUACAAACUGCUGCUGUUAUUCGACCAAAUGAAGCAUCUUUAGGUGCUAUUGCAACAGCAAGUAAAAUAAUUCGUGAAGAAGGAAUCACACGUGGUUUAUAUAAAGGUGUAACAAUGAAUUGGUUAAAAGGACCAAUAUCUGUAGGUGUAUCAUUCGUAACAUUUGAUACCUUGAUAAAAUAUAUUCGUCGCUCGUCUUUAUUUUCUUAAAGUUAAUCACUUUUGUUAUGUAUUUUCUUUUAUGUUAAUCCCUUUUGUGAAUUACAAACGUAUGACUCUUUUCCUUUUUUUUUUUGAUAUUCACAUAUGAUUCUCUUUUCUUUCGAAAAUGAUAGUACUGUUUUUUUCCAGAUGAUUAAUGAUUUUCUACGUGUUGUUAGUAGGCAAUCGUAUCAAAUUUUAAAAAAUUCGAUUUGCUAUCGAUGGCAAUCAUCUUCAUCAUACGAUUCAAGAGAUAAUGAUUUAAUACCACCUACAACAUGUUGUAUGAGUAAUUGUGCUA